UCUCAGCUGUUUCGGUUCAUUAGCAAUACGUUCGUUUCACAAAACAGUGACAAUGGACAAGGAGUUAUUUUGUAAGCUUGCGUCCAAAAUGGGUAUAAGUUCUGUUAAAGUUUUAAGCCAGGCAGAGGAGUACAUGCGGCUGGCACAAGUUAAAUGUACCGGUCUCGGUAACGCAACGGCCACUAGCAAGGCAAUUAUUUGCCUCGAGUUGGCAGCAGCUUCAAUGAAAUUUCCAUUCGACAAGGAGUACGCCAUCAAACUCUCUGGGUUGAAUAAGAAAAUCUAUCAAAGCAGUCUGAAGUCGUUGGAAUGCAUGCUCGGCCUACAGUCGCGUGUGGGCCUCGGAGACCUGGCUGUGAAGUAUGGAUGCACGGACGCAAUCAAAAUGGCCUCGCAGAUCCUUCAGCGGUAUGAGUCCAGUCUACCUACCGCCCAGCAGCAGGACUUGGACCUGUCUAACCCUCUCUUUACCACUGCUGCCCUGUUUAUGGCCUGCAAGUGCAUGAAAAUCAGAGUUGACAAGAAGCUGGCAUCCUCUUCUGGAACAAAGAAGGCCAUCUUUGACAGGCUGUGCUCUCAGCUUCUGAAUUUUGGACAGGAGAUUUGCAGUGAAAACUCUUCUGUGAAGGGACUUGUCAAAAUAGCACAGAAAAGACAGAAGACUCUCACUGAGACACUGCAAGAAAUGGAGGAUGAUGAUUGGCUGCUGAAAUCUCCUAAGCAACAGAAGGUGCAGCAUCUAAGGGGGGAGGAGUCUGAGGAUGAAAAGAAACAAAAUUAUGAAGAGUGGAAGCGAAAAAUUCUAGAGAAUGCCCUCCAAAAAAAAGCAGCCACUUCAUAGGCACAUGGACUUUGUUUUUAUUUCCCCCACACCACCCCCUUCUUAAAGUGGUGUGUGUUUUUGUUUUGUUUUUGUGUGGCACUGUUGACUCUGGGGGUCAGGUAAAAUGUAUGAGAGCCAAACCUUUGUGUAUAGAUGUACAGAUACUCUGGUUAAUCUGCAUUCAUUGAAAUUACUUUUAAUGUGUUGGGGAUGAAUUGGUAGUUUAUCUUGGCACUGUCUACACUUCCACAGUGUGGGCCUGAAUACCUUGAUUAUUGUAUUGUUCAUGUAGGGUUGAAGUGAUUCUACACUACAGGGUAAGGUGCUUUUAAUCAAGCCCUUCAUUACAUAUGGCUGUCAUUUGCAUUAAGUGUCUCGUGUUGGUAAUGUGAGGGAUUCUGUUCUUAAUUACCGCAGUGCACUUCAAAGUUUCAGGCACCUACAUUUCUUAUGAUGGUGUUUUGUGUAAAACUGCUUGAAUUAAUGCCUACAGCACAAUUUAGUUUCCAUGUUUUAAUAAAAGUAAACAGUACAUCAAGAAUGCUUUAUUGCAGGUGUUUUCACACACUGAUAAAACCAUGCAUGUAAUUAACAUGAACUUUUUACUAUCACAGCUCAACUAUUAGUAAGAUUCUUAAUGAUAAAUGAGUAAUGGUGUAAAGUGGGUUAAAGGUUUUCAGUGCUCAAAAUGUAUAGAUAGCAGUAAUCACACUAAUAAUACUGACACCAAACCUUACUCAAUGUUAUGCCAUGUUGGUCUGAAGUGACAUUUACUGGAAAAAAAAACCCAAAAACAAUUGGGUAAAUCUGGAAGGUAAAUAUUUUGAAUGACUCGUGUUCAGGUAAAUGACUUUGACUUUGCUGUCAGGCAGCAUGCUCCAUGUUUGAAGUAAUGAUGUUUAAAGCAGGAUUCUUGGUCAUUCUUAGUAUAAUAACCAUGUUCAGCCAUGGCAUUUCUGCUUUUGUGAAAUAAAUAAAGCAAUCUCUGUUUUUCAAUUGUUAAAUACUAAACAGUCAAGUUGUGGGUCUUUUUAAGUAUGUUUUAUUACUGUUUCUAUAGUGUCUUGUUAACUGUUGAUGUGCAAGUCUCCCUUAAACUCAUGAAAUCAGUCAGUGGUUAACAUAAGGACAAGUGUCCUGGAAAUGCUGAUUUCACUUCCUGUUGUUCAGUCAGAAUGCAUCACGUGCCAUGUUUUGAGAAAAUUCUAGUUGUUUUGGAUGGUAAUACUUGAAAGCAGUUACCUUUGGCUACUGUUCCAAUAUACAGGGGGUGCCAUUUACUUCAAUACAUUUCACAUAAAAAUUACAGGUUCCAAAAGAGUCCAUGUGCAUUUAUUGCAUCAGGGACUCAUGAGAGGCAGAGGUAUUCUGCAUAUUGAGUCAAAGCAAUAAAGCCAAAA